AUGGGAAACCUCAUUCGGGUUGUGCUCGUCUUCUAUUCCAUGAGGUUGGUGGUUGCGAUAGUUGCAUCGACCGAUGUGGAGAAAUCUAGCUCACUGGCUUGCAGCUCGAACUACAGUACAGGUAUUGUAGUUAUCUACCCUCAGCACAAAAGAAUGAUACCGUCUUCACUAGCAUUGUUGUUCCUUCUAUUGUUGCUGGCGAAAGAAACAAAAUGUUCAUUGCGACAUCAGAAGCUACAUGAAUUCCGAUCAAAACUUCAAGAGAAAAACUCCUUCAAUGAGAUUGCAUUACCUCCAACACCAUCUCCGGCACGUUCAAAUACCCAAAAGAGAAGUGGUAGAGUUCUCUAUCCUAUUGGAUAUGGAGCAGACCCAACGGGGGCGCAAGAUAGCGGCGAUGCCAUAGUCAAGUCUGUGGGUGAUGCUUUCAAAGUGCAAAAUAGCCUUGAAUUGUUGCCUGGAGUUCCUGAUUUGGGUGGUGUCAUCAUUGAUUUACAAGGUGGAAACUACAACAUCAGCAAUCCCAUUAGGUUCCCAGCUGGUGCAGGCAAUGUUUUGGUACGAGGUGGCACUUUACGAGCAUCGGAAACUUUCCCAGGUGAAAGGCAUCUAAUUGAAUUAUGGUCACCAAACUCUCAAAAACUUGAGAGAACAGCCACUGUCCACCAAGAUAAUCUCUUCGACAGUAAAUACCAAAGUGAUGGAAUCUACUAUGAGGACAUCACCUUCCAGGACAUCCUCUUCGAUUCAAAUUAUCGGGGAGGAGGUCUUUUUGUGAUUGAUUCAGCUAGAAUUCGCGUAAACAAUUGCUUCUUUAUCCACUUCACGACUGAUGGAAUUUUAGUCGAAAGAGGCCAUGAGACAUUCAUAUCAAGCUGCUUCCUAGGACAACACUCUACAGUUGGUGCGGAUAAAGGUGAGAAAGAUUUUUCUGGGACUGGGAUCGAUCUUGCUAGUAACGAUAAUGCAAUAACCGACGUCGUAAUCUUCUCAGCAGCUACCGGAGUUAUACUAAGGGGUCAGGCUAACAUAGUCACAGGGGUACAUUCUUAUAACAAGGCAACAUAUUUUGGUGGUAUUGGAAUUUUGGUGAAAGCAGCGCAGAAUAGAAUAGCUAAUUGCUACUUAGAUUUUAAUGCUAUAGUGAUUGAAGAUCCUGCUCAAGUUCAUGUUACUAAUGGGUAUUUUCUGGGAGAUGGCAACAUUGUUUUGAAGUCGAUUAAAGGUCAAAUUUCUGGGUUGAAUAUCGUCAAUAAUAUGUUUUGUGGGAAUCCAAAAAAUAUGGUACCUAUUGUAGAAUUAGAUGGGCAAUUCACAACCAUUGAUCAAGUGGUGAUUGACCAAAACAAUGUGAAUGGCAUGAGCUUGAGAUCGACGGUCGGGGAAUUGACGGUGGCCGGAAAUGGCACGCAGUGGGUUGCUGAUUUUUCAUCAGUGUUGAUGUUCCCCAACAGGAUAAAUCAUGUUCGGUACUCAUUUUACACACAAGGGGGGUUGGUUGGGUUUCCAGCAAGUGCUGUGACAAAUGUGUCAAAUAAUGUUGUAAUUGUUGAGAGUGAGAAAGCUGUCAAUGGAGUGGUGUCAAUUGUUGUUGACCAGCAUAACAUGGUAGGGGAGAGAAACUUCCUGAUGUAG